AUGUCCCAGUCAGAGAAUACUCCGGCCAACGCCAACGCCAACGCCAACGAGAAACUCAUCCUCCAACAAUAUCUCCGCGAUCUCAUCUCCGGAAGCCACAUCCUGCACUACCACGGCGUGCUCGACGCCUUUGGACACCUCUCCUUCCGCCACCCCUUCAAGCCGCAUGUAUUCGUCAUGUCUCGCAACGCCGCCCCCGGCACGAUAUCCUCCCCGAGCGACCUGAUCGAGUAUUUCGUCGAGGAUGCGAGACCCGUGGACCCCAACGCGGCGCCGGGAUUCCUCGAACGCUGCAUCCACAGCGAAUGCUACAAGCGGUACCCGCAAGUCAACAGCGUCAUCCACAGCCACUCCGAGGCCGUCGUGCCGUACACGUUCAGCGGCGUGCCGCUGCGCGCGUGCUACCACAUGGCGGGCUUUCUCGGCACGGGCGUCCCCGUGUGGGACAUUGUCGACGCGCAGACCGAAGACGACGUAAGUGAUUUGCUGGUGCGGAAUACGCACCUCGGAAGUUCGCUAGCUACGGCGUUUGGAGCGGUUGACAGCAACGGCGGCGACGGAAUUGACUCCCCCCAACAUGUCGUCGCGUUGAUGCGCGGCCACGGCUUCACCGUCCUGGCGGGCAAUAUGCAGGACUGUGUCAUGCGCGCGGUAUAUACGCAGAAGAACGCGGCGAUCCAGAGCACGGCGUUGACGACGCGGGCAGCGGAUCCGGCUGCUGUGGCUUCUCCGAUCAAGUAUCUGAGCGAGAGGGAGGUGAGGGAUACGACGUGGUCGAUCCGGCAGUCUGCGCAUCGGCCUUGGGGGCUUUGGCUGCGCGAGGUCGAGGCCCACGGUCUUUAUUCCAAUUCUGCGUGA